AUGAGUAAAAUAAGGAAAGUUACAAGAGAAGAAUUGUUACAAGAAUGUGAUGUUAUUAGACAUAGUCUUAGAGCAAGUGAUUUAAGUAAUGCUACAAAUAUAUUGAGUGGAUUAAUUACUCAAAUAGAUUUAUUACCAACUGACUUAUCACAUGUUUUAGAACGUGGUCUUAGAGGGGUUUUAGACUUUUUUAUAACACAACAAAUGAGAAAUACAACAUUAACGAAAGACAAUAAUAUACGAUUUGUUAUUGAUUCAUUAUUAACAUUUUAUUCAAAACAUAUUUGUCUGACAAUACAAUCAAUAAAAGUAAAAAAUUCAUUAAAAAGUUUAGUAUUUUCAUUAAAACAAGUAUUUUUAAUAUUAAGACAUCCACCUCAAGAUACAUUAAAAAAAUAUGCUAAUUAUUCUAAAACAGUAAUUUCAAUUUGGAACUCUAUUGUUAUUGCAUUUUCUACACCAAGUGAUGCAUGUGAUGAGUCUUUAUUAGAAAUACUUGGAGAUUGUUUAGAUGAGUUUUAUAGAUUGUCUUUAUUUACAAAAGGUAUUGAUGAAAUGAUGAUUAAUAUCUCUUUUAGUCAAAUCUCAGCUAAAUCUGGGACAGAAAGAAAAGCCAAAACUAAAUUUUUUAUUACUAUUUCACGAUUUGGUAAUUUACAAUUUACUAAUGCACUAUCAUUAGCAUUAAAUUCUAUGGAAACAUUAAUUUCUCGAGACCAAGAAUUACUUGAAGCAUUUACUAAAGAUUAUUGUAGUGCACUUGAUUUAAUAGUAAGUAAUCCAUUUAAAUAUCAAUGUAUUUUUCAGUUAGAAGCAAAUGUAUUAAAAAGUUUUGAUUUUGAAGGAGUAUUAAGGUUUUUUAGUGAGAUGAAUAUUGUAACACAUUCAAAAGAGAUUUAUGUUCAACACAAUUAUUUUAUAUUAUAUUUUACUGUUAUUUGGAUUGGGAUUCAUGUAAAAUCAAUAAUUUCAGUAAUUGUUGAUGCGGUAGAUUGUUUUAAUUCAUAUAUUCCUACAUUAUUAAAGAGUGGAGUAGAGCAAGAAAGUACAUUAUUGUUAUUAAGCGAAUUAAUAAUUCUUUUUAAUUCUAAUAAUAAAGAAAAAAGGAAUGAAAGAUUAUAUAGUGCAAGUAAAACAAUAAUUUCUAUUAUUUCAUUAUUAUUAUCAACUAAAUUUGAUUAUUUUGAAAUUCUUUUAACAAGAAAAAAAGAAGAAAUAAUUACUUUUGUUAAUAUUUUAGAGUUUAUGAUUGAUGAUUCAAAAAUUAAAGAUAAAACUGAACAAAUUAAUUUCUUUUCAACGUUAUUAACUGCUAUAUUUAAUCAGCCAAGAGAUAAACAUAAAUAUUAUUUUGAUAUUCUUAAUAUUAAACCAAAAGAAAUUUUUAAUAAAUUUAUUUCAUUUACUAAUGGUAAUGAAGCAAAUAUAAAAGCUGCCUAUUUAGCUUUAGCAAAAGGAAUUAAUAUUCUUAUUGAUGCCGAUAUUAAACAACAUGCUGACAUGUUAUGGAAAUUAGUAGAUACUUUCUUUACUUUUCCAGUGACUUAUCCUUUUAGUGUUACUUGUGCAUAUUUACGUUCAUUACAACAACUUAAAUUAAAUAAACUUUUUAGAGCAGAAAGACAAUAUGUUAUUCCACAAACAAGAAGUGGUAUUCAUACAAUUAUUUGGGAAACAAUUCGUUAUUUCUUACGUAGUUCUAAUGAGGCUAUUGGAGAAACUGCUAGUGAAGUUGGUGGUAAAGUAGGUGUAUUUCCACUUCAAAUAAUUCAUGAUCCUAUUUAUCUUGUUAAUGAAUUAAGAUGUGUAUUAUAUGGAAUUUCAUAUUUAACAGUAUUUUCUUUGAGAUACGUUCUUCCAAGACAAAAAAAUCCGUUAACUGGAAAAAAGAAUUUAAUAAAAUAUGCAAUUGAUUCUUCUAUGUCAAUUAUUCAAUUUCAUAAUUCUGUGUUAUGUGGGAAUGCAGUAAAUACAAAAGUAAAAUCAUUAACUAAUUCAGUCAAAAUUAUUACAUAUUCAGCAUUAGAAUCUCACACAUCAAAUAAAGAUAUUUAUAAAUAUUCAUUGGAAUUUGUUUUAAAAUUACUUCAUUGCUCUUUAAAUGUUUUUCAUCCUCAAAUUAUUCUUCAAAGCAAUCAAUUUAAUACAAAAAGUUCAGAUAAUUUAUUAUUAUUUAAAUUAGGUGAAGAAAUGGCAGAAAUGUAUUCAAUGGCGAGCCAUACAGCAACUCAUCCAACUGAAACAUUAGUAGAUGAAUUGUUAUUUUGUCUUGCUGUAUUAAUACGAAGAACAGGAAAAGAUAUUGUUUUAAAUUAUUUAUAUGAUAUAUCUUCAUACAUUAAAUUAUAUCAUAUUGACCAUCUUCUUGCUUGUGUUGCUAUUCUUGAUGAACUUACAGCAUUAAGUUGUGGUGGAGUUAUUGUUGGUGAUGAUGAGGAUAUGAUUAAUUCAGCAUUGUUUAAAAAUGUUUCAAAAGAAAUUAUCACUUCAACAAACCAAUCACAAAGUUCAACUACUCCUUCACAAAUUAAACAAUACACAAUAAAAGAAAACAUAGACCAAACACAAAUUAAUGAUCAAAUUCAAGAAAGUAAAUUAUUAAAUGACUCUAAUAAUAAAAAUACAUUGAAUGAAAGAAUAAAUGAUAACUUGUCAUCAAUAAAUGAUUAUAAUCUUUUUAUUAAUGAAGAAGGAGAAAAUAAAGAAGAAAAGAAAAGAAAACAAAGCAUAAAUGCAUAUUCAAAUAAUGUACAUCUUAAAAGAACAACAGAGUCAUUAAAAUUUCAUAAUGAUAUUAAUAAAUUAAGAAAAGAAAAAUAUAGACAUAAAGGAUAUUCAUUAACUGACCUUCAAUGUAUUACUAAUCAAUGGGUUCCACAAAGUUGUCAAGACCAAGCAAUAUGGAUGGAAACUAAUAUAUUAACAAAUCUUGUUAUUGGAGAUAUUAUUAAUGGAUUUUCAUUAGAAUAUGAUGAAAGAUGUGUUAUAAUGGAUUUUGCAAUGAAAUAUUGUAAAACAGGAUUUGUUAUUGGACCACCUGAUUUUACAUUUUCAAAGAAAACAAAUGUUUUUCAACAUAGUGUAGAGGAAAGUUUAUUUAUUUCAUAUAAUAAUUUAUAUGGUAAAUUAUUUCAUCAAUAUAAACGUGAUGCAAAUCAAGUUGAUAAUUUUAAAUCAUUGUAUCAACAAAUGAUUCCUUCUCAUUAUGUUAUUCCAAGUGUAACAAGUAUCAAUUUUGAAGACACUGAAUCCCUUAAACGAUUUAUUAUUUAUAUUAGAAAAGUAAAAAAUUAUCAAACAAACUUCCAUUCACUUACUGCAAUAGAAAUUGCUGUAUCUGCAAAAAUUUUAUAUAAAAUUAUAACUACUAUGAGAGGAGUUAAAACAUUUGAUCAAUAUCAAAUUGAUGAUCUUUUUGAUAUAUUUGAACCACGAAAGGAUGAAGGUUUAGUUUCAAUUCAUACAUUUUAUGACACAAUUGCAGCUAGAGAAAAAGAUAAUGAAAAAAUUCAACAUGACGCUACAAUUAUGAGUUUAUUAUUACAAGGAUUUUAUGAGUCAAUGAAAUUAUUAAAUAAAAUGGGGUCUGCAAAAGACCCUAUAAGUAGAGGAAUAUUUAGAAUUCAUCAAGACUUAUUAUGGGGAUCAGUUGUUAAUCAUGACUUAUUUUAUCUUAAUGACUCUGGAUCAAUUCGUAUUAUCAUUAAUUCACUCUUAAAUGAAGCAUUAAGAGAAAUUUCUUUAUUCCCUAUAAAUGAAAGACCAGAUGAAUAUAAACGAAUUGUUAGACUUUCAGGUACGUUUGUAGAUAAAUACACACAUCCUGCAUUAAAAUAUUAUUCAGAAAAAUUUCAAUUUCAAAAUCAAGUUGAUGGUUUUGAUAGUCAAAAUGAUGAAGUGGUUUAUCAAAUAAAUAAUUUAAAUAAUAUUAGUGAUUCUCUUGAUUCUCAAAAAAAGAUUCAAUUUUGCCAUACAAAACAAGGAAUUAUUGGAGUAAAAUAUGGUGUUGUUUCUACAAUUCAAGAAGCUGUUAAAGAAUAUACUGAAACAUGUGAAGCAGAAAGAAGUGAAAUGUUAAGAGAGUUAUUAAAAAAAGAAAUGAAAGGACAUAGAUUUGAUGCAACAAUUAUUGAUUUUGAUUCAUUAACUAUUAACAGUAUUGAUCUUAUUAUUCAAUACCUAAAAUAUGGACAGGUUUCAGAAAUGAUAUUUUAUGAUAAUCUUAGUAAAAUUCCAUUAUACUAUCGUUCUUUUAGAUUAUAUGAAGCAAUUAUUCAUCAUUUUACAAAAUAUUCUCUUUCAUUUCAAUUACUUAAAACUUUUAUUCCUGAUAUUAAUAUCUCUGAAAAACAUAGAAAAGAAAGUUCUUCUGCUUUAGAUGAUUUUUGUGAAAUGUUUGAUAUUAUUUAUCUUAAUGAUAAACGUCCUCUUGUUAGUCAACAAAUGACAUCUAUACUUAAUACCCCAUUAACACAUCAAAACUCUCAAUAUAUUUAUAAUUCCUAUUUUAUAGGACAUGCUCCAUUUACUCGAAAUAAUAAAUACACAACAUCUGAAGGUAUUACACAAGAAAAAUUAUUCACUCCUUUAUAUGCACAAAUGUCUAUUCAACAAUACUCCACAAUGAUUGUUCCAUUAAUGGAAAAUAUAUUACAUGAAUUCUUUUUAAGAAGACUUGGAGAAGCUCAAGCAAAAUAUGAAACAAUGUUACCAUUAUUUAAAAAUGGAGAAUAUAUUGAAAAUAUUCAACAAAUUCUUCACUCAUCUUUUUGGAAUUAUAAAGCUACUCCUGUUUCUAGUGAUUUAGAAGGAUUACAAGCUAUUCAAUGUAUUAAUAGUUAUUGUAAAAUAUCAAUUAGAUUUAUUGAAGAGGUAUUAAAACUUAUUUUAAAUUCUUUAGAUCCUAAAGUUCCAAAUCCACAAUUAUUAAGUGUUUUAGUUUCUUUACUAGUUAAUUGUAAAACAAGUCAUCAUCGUCAUAAACAUUAUUUUAUGACUUACACAAUGGAAAUGAAUGAAUUAUUAUUAUGUUCUCCAUUUCUAAGAACAACCCAAUCUUAUUUAUCACAAAUUGUAUCUUUACCAAUAAAUUCUGCAGUUUAUAGAAGACUAAGAGAAUUUUUCCAGGAUAGAACAGUUAUUAUAAAUUAUCUUGAAAUUCCUCAAUUCUAUCAAAUUAUUUCAUUACUAAAUUUCCAUAUGUCUCCUUCAAUGUUUUCUCAUAUUGUUAAUGAUUUUGAAUUAAAGAAAAAUAUAUCAAGAAGAUGUCUUGUUGAUUAUUUCCUUUAUUCAACAAUGAUUUAUAAUGAUUCAAUUGAAGUAAAACAAUUAAAAGAAGAUUAUCCUAUUUGUUAUUGUUGUAUGACUAAUGCAUUAUUAUUUAAUCCACAAGGUGUAUUUGAUUUAGUUAGACGUAAUUUCCAAAGAUCAGAAACAUAUAUAUCAAUGCUUUUUGAGCAUUAUUUUAAUGUAAAUGACUAUCCUGACUUUAUUCAAAAAUUACUCCAAUUAGACUUAUCUACUUCUAAUCUUCCAUAUCCAACUCUAACAAUAAUAUCAUUUAUCGUAAUGUUAUUAAGACAUUCUGCUUUAUCAGAAGAUGCAUAUUUAAUAAUUGAAAAGAUAUUACAUAAUAAAUCUAUGUUAACAACAUAUAUCGAACAAUCAAAUGUAUUGAUUGAAAAAUUUAAUGAAAUUCCUGAAGAUUUUAUAGCCCAGAUGAUUACUACUGAUAUGAAAAUUUUAUUUGACUUAGUUUGUCAUCCUCUUUCAUUAUAA